AUGGCACUGCCACCGAUCGUCUCAGCGACUUUGCAGUCCGCUGUUCUUGCUGCUACUUCCAAUAUACUGGCUCAAUGCCUGACAGCUUAUCAGACCGAUAAACCUAUUGUCUUUGACCUGGUGCCCAUCUUCCAAUUCAUACUAUACGCGUUCAUUAAUAUCCCACCUAACUUCUUAUGGCAAGACUUCUUAGAGUCGACCUUCCCAGCCUAUCAUGUAUCGCCCACUCGCGCGGCUGUAGCAUCAGCCUCUGCGAAUGACGAAAAGGAGUUAGACCGGGAGGCCAAGGAAGGGAAGUUAGUCGAGCCAAAGUUAAACAUCACCAACACGGUUAUCAAGUUGCUUUUGGACCAGAGUAUCGGCGCCGCCGUCAAUACUUUUCUCUUCAGUCUCUUCAUUCAUUCCAUACAGGCCGCCAUGCCGCGCCCCCUAGGCGCCCCGCUCAGCAACCCCGACAAGAGCUUGCAAUAUCUGCUUACAAAGGGGGCUAUUGACUAUAGGAAAGUGGAUUGGACGAAAGUGGUCGCGAACAGUCGACAGGAGUUCUUUCCCAUCAUGGCUGCCGGGUGGAAGCUAUGGCCUUUCGUGAGCUUGAUUAAUUUUGCGUUUGUCAAGAGCAUUGAGGGGCGAAAUCUUGUCGCUAGUCUUGCUGGCGUCGCGUGGGGCAUCUAUAUGAGUCUGUUGGCUUCUCAGCCGUGA